CAGUCGCCGGCCGACCUCCACCGAAACCGUCAUGGGGUGGCCACGCCAGCUACGCCGUCAAAGCGCGCGCUCGGCGCCGGUGUCCACCACGGUGUCCGCCCUGCUGCUGGUGCUGCUCGCCGCCCUGCCCCUCCACCUGCUGCAGGGGGUGCAGGCCGCGCCAAGCCAAGCCGCUGUCCCCGUCGGAUCCCCGCCGGACCAUGGGACCCCACUUUCCCGCGCCGGGAGGGCUGAUGACGUCAUCGCUAGCUCGACGGACACCGUCAGUGUCGCAGACCUUCCCGGCCUGGCACCGACAGGAACCAACGCCCCCGACGCCAAUGCAGGGAAUGCAGCGGAUGUUUACGAUGGCCUGGACUUCACCAUACCGGAGAAUGGAACGCUUACUAUGGAUGGUCUGGAUUUCUCCAUUCCUGAGAAUGGAACGCUUACUGACGAUGGCUUAGACUUCUCCAUACCAGCAGACCCAUUAAGUAAAGACGAGCAGGACGUCGUUGAUUUGGUCGCCGACCCAGAAGACAAGCAUUCAAAGAAGGAUAGGAAAAAGAAAAAGAAGGAAAAGGAAGAAGAAGAAGAAGAAAGGGAAAGGGAACGGAAGAGGCAGAAAAAACUAGAAAAGGAACGAAAAAAGGCAGAAAAGGAAAAGGAAAGGCUGGAAAAGGAAAGGCUGGAAAAGGAAAGGCUGGAAAAGGAAAGGCUGGAAAAGGAAAGGCUGGAAAAGGAUUCGUCUCACCAGUCUUCUGAAGGAGCCAAAGAGGCCUCUGUGACCCACCAGUCUGCCGAGUCCUCCAAGGAGGGAAAGUCCUACGAAUCCACUGACGACCUCAAGGAGAACACUGACACCCAGACGGAGUCCCCCAUUGACGAGGCCAAGGAGAACACUGACACUCACAAGACCGUUCCCGGCCGCCAGGACGACACCGAGUCUCAGCACGUCGACGGAUCCGCAAGCCCCGCCGUGCCGUCUGUGCCCGUGGAGCCUCCCUCCGAGCAGCCCUCGACCGCCGACGCCGACGCCGCUCGCGCGCCGGAGAAGGCGGAUGAGGCUGUCGCCGCCAAGGCGGUGCAGUCCAGUUUCGAAGUGAACCUGACCGGCGAACCGCAGUUGACCUACCGCAACGCUGCCCCCGCUGCGCCCGCCGGGCCUGCCGCCGGGGCUGCGGGCGUAGCCGCUUCGGGGUGGCAGCAGAGUACGUCCUGGAAGCCACAGCAGAGUGCCGCGGGCCCUCAGGACAACGUCGGCAACGUGCUCGGCCAGCCCCGCAGUGCGGGCGGGGCCAUCCCCCAGGGCCAGGCCGCCCCUCAGGGCCAGGCUUACCCCCAGGGCCAGACCUACCCCCAGAGCCAGGCCUACCCCCAGGGCCAGGCCUACCCCCAGAGCCAGGCCUACCCCCAGGGCCAGGCCUACCCCCAGAGCCAGGCCUCCCCUCAGGGCCAGGCCUCCCCUCAGGGCCAGACCGCGACUACCACACAGGAGCGCGCCGCGUCCCCUGAACCCGCCAGCAUGCGCGACAAGGUGCUCUCGCGCUACAUGAACGACGUGCACCAGUUCUCCGACACCAAGGCCUUGCUCGAGAAGGUCAAGUCCGGCGAGCCCCUGCCCGCCCAGGACUACCAGGGAGUCCGAGUCAACUUCAAGGUGACUGGAUUCGAUGGCAAGCCUGUGGUGACGCCGGCUCCUUGGACAAGUGCCUAUAUCUUACCUCCGGGAUCCGCCACCUUCGGAGCCCAACCUGUCGGCCCCACGACCUACGCAGCACCAGCUGUCGGCUCCACCACCUACAGUACACUAGCUGCGGGCCCCACCACCUACGGUACACUAGCUGCGGGCCCCACCAACUACGGAGGACUUCCUGGCAGGCCGACCACCUACGUAGCACAGCCUACUGGACCGACGACCUAUGGAGCACCAGCUGCCGGGGCCACCACCUACUCGGCGCCGGUCGUAACCGUCACCUCCUUCGUGACGCCCUCCGCCGGCAGCUACGGGUCCGCUUCGGCCGCCCCCGCUGCAAUCUACAACCCCUCCGUCCCGAUCACCACCUACGUGGGCCCUGCCGCCGGCCAGAGUGCCGCCGCCCUCAGCGUCAGCACCCCGGCCAGCGCCGCCCCCGACAGCGCCGCCCCCGCCGCAAAGCCCCUCUACUUCGUCCACUUCCAGGGCCGCCACUGGCCCGUGUACGCCAGCACCGCGGAGGCCACCGCCGCCAUGGGCAACGUCCAGCUUCUGAGGCUGCAAGAGGAGCAGCAGGAGCAGUUGCAAAUCGAGGAACAGAAAAAGAAACUGCAAGAAGAACGAGAGCUGCAGCUGCUUCGGGAAGAGGAAGGAAAGAGAUUGCAGCAAGAAAGAGACCAGCAGCUGCAGCUGGAGGAGCAGCAGAGGAAGCUGCGUGAUCAGAAGGAGCUGGAGUUGAAAGCAACGAUCAAACGGAUUCAGGAGCAACUGGAAAAAUUUGAGGCUGAUCAAGAGCAUGAGCGCCAGCUGCAGCAGCAGGCAGAGGAUCGCCGGCUGAAGAUGGAGGAGGAUCUGCGACAGCUGCAUCUGCAGGAGGAGCAGCUCGCUGAAGAGCGGCGGAAACAGGAUCGCGAUCGCCAGCUCCUCCAAGAGGAGCGAGAACGCCUCCAUAAGGAGCAGGAACACGACCGCCAGCUGAAGUGGCAGGAGGAGCAGAAGCAGCUCCAGGUGGAAAAGUUGCUUCAAAAGCAGCAGCAGAUUAAAGAGCAGCCGCAGGACCAGCAGCAGGCUCUUUUGGACCUUCGGCUGGGGCAGCAACAGGUCCUGCUGCACAGGCAGGGCGUGCAGGGCAGCCCCGCCGUCAACACGCAGGUGCCUGCCGUCGAGCAGAACCAGGCCAACGCUCAGGCCAAGACGCUACAGCCGUUCUCUACCUCGUCGACCCUCAUGCAGGUGCCUUCCGCUGGCUUCUCGCUGGACAGCUACUCCACCCUGCCCGGAGGCACCGUCAGCGUGGGCCCCAGCAGCCCCUACACCGCCAGCGCCAGCAGCCCCUACAUCGCCGACCCCGGCCAGGUGUACAGUGCGGCCAGCGGUGGCAACCCCGCCUCCUACCAGCUGGUCUUCCCUGGCCUGAGCGGCGCGAUGGUGCGGCCCGGCGCGCUGGACGUCUCCAAGACCCUGCACCUGGGCUCUCGCCCCGGCCAGCAGCAGCAGGCCUGGGAGACAUCGCAGACCGUCCCCGAGACUUCGUCUCAGCCUUACACCGUCUCCGUCUUCGCCUCACACAAGCCCUGAGCGAGAGUAAUCGCAAAAAUAAAAAUUCAGAGAGCAUAA